CAUCUCUGUUCGCAAAGAUCAAUUGAAUCAAUUAAAACCACCCAAACAUGUCGCCAAAGGUCUUUUUCGUCACAGGAACAUCCACCGGCUUCGGUGCCGAGUACGUCAAGAAGAUCAUCGCAGAGGGCGACCACGCAAUCGCUACUGCCCGUAACUCCUCCAAGCUUGAGAAACCUGAGGGCGCGACAGACAAGAACUACCUUGCCGUUGAUCUUGAUGUUACCAAGAAGGACUCCAUCGAUGCUGCGUUCAAGAAGGCCAUUGAGAAGUUUGGUCGUCUUGAUGUUGUCGUCAACAAUGCCGGUUAUGGUCUCGCCGGUGAAUUCGAGAGCUUGAGCGACGACCAGAUCCGCAAGCAGAUGGAAGUCAAUUUCUUCGGCCUCAUCGACGUAACCCGCAAAGCCCUCGAAAGCAUGCGCGAACAAUCUCCCCAAGGCGGUGUGAUCCAACAAGUAACCUCCAUCGGCGGCCAACGCGGCGUUCCCUUCUUCUCCAUCUACUGCGCCUCCAAAUGGGCAGUAGAAGGCUACACCGAAGCCCUGUCCAAGGAACUGAAACCCGAAUGGGGCAUCAAGCUCACCUGCAUCGAGCCCGGCGGUUUCCGCACAGAUUGGGCUGGAAGAUCGAUGGAGUUCGGCACGAAGCAGACGGCCUACGAUCAUUUGGAUGCGAAGAAGAGUAUGGAAGAGAGAAAUGGCACGCAAGCUGGUGAUCCUAAGAAGGGUGCUAGGUGCAUGUACGAGUUGGCUGUCAUGGAUGAGCCACCGUUGAGAUGUGUCAUCGGCACUGAUGCGUAUGCCGGCAUCAACGAAAAGUUGGACCAGUACAGGGAGAAUGUCAAGAAGUUCGAGAAGUUGAGUACUAGCACUGAUGUCGAUGGCUACAAGGCUCCUUCCUAGAGGGCUGCAGUGUUUUCUGGACACUCGAUGCUGUACAUGAUCCAACGAAAUCACUUAGAUAAUACGAAUCAAACUCUUCUCACAUGAC